UCUGAAAAAUGUCCCGACAAAUGUAUCGGUUCUUUGCGUCGCAUUUCCUGGGGAACUUUUUAUGCUGAGUCAUCAAUUCUCCUUAUCGAUAGGCUGGGAGCUACUGCGCCGCAAAUAGAUCCUCCAGUGAGGGUUGUUGUUCUCUGGACGCGACUUCAUUGCGCUCUUGGCUGGACGCAUCAUCGUCCAGUGAACAGUUCAAUCGGGGAGUGCUCAUGGUGCGCUGAACAUACAAUAUUCCGCGCUUACACUUCGUUGGUCAAAUGUCGGAUACUCCCAAUUCGCGGAGCCGCCGCUCUGCGCGAGAUUCCGAGGGGUUUAGGGCAUCAACUCCGGCUGGCGAUACUACACUCACGAGGCUUCAGCGUCUUCCUAUUCAUACGCGACAUCCAUCCACCCCAAGCCGGCUUGCAGCGUCAGCAACUCCCCGCUCGACUUCGCGACACACACCUAGAAACAGAGGGGCGGCCCCGUCGACACCUUAUGGGCUUCGCGCGAUACAACGGCGGGCAGCCAAUACGCCCGGACGUGAUCGCCGAAAAAGCGGACGAGGGCAACGCGAAACCGUCUUCGAUGUUCUCCGGAAUCUUAGCAAAGCUCUCGCCCCAAACUCCGAACCAAUACGCUCUUCACCGCAACCACCACUGGAACCGGAGCCAGAAAGUGAGAUUGAUGAGAUUGACGAGCUCGAUAAUGAACCCGCGCCCGAGAGGCCUCGGCUGUCUCUGCCAUUAGACGAGGUUGAAGAGGACGAUGACGAGGGAAGCCCUGAGAUACGCCCGCCACGGAUGUCGCUAGCACUAGAGGAUGAUGACAUGACGCACACUUCCGUCGAAUAUCCUCGGAGAGCCACCUUUGAUCGAGAUAGAGGCCGGCUGUCCAUGAUGAGUUACGGUGCUCGUCUGAGUGAGAACUUUGGAGAUGCUACCGGGCUUGAAGAUGGUUCGGAAGACGAUGACGACGCUACAGGAAUAGCUCUUGACGAAGACAAUGGACAAGAUGAAACCCUCAUUAGUCAGAGUGCGUUUGAUAGGGGCGGAGACACCGAAGAUCUCGGGCGAUUCAACUUUGACUUCCAAUUUCCGUCUCCCGUCGCGCCUGCUGAGGAUCUGGAUCAGGACGGGCCAUUGAAUGAUGAUGAAGGAUUCGAGUUGCCACCUGUUGAUCUAGGACUAAAUGCUGGUCCCGAGUCCGACUAUAGUGAUGAUGAAGACGCAACUGGCGGUUUCGGUCUAGAGUUGAAUUUUCCAGACAGGGAUUCCUUGAGCGAGAGUCCGGGACUUGCCGGAGGAGGUCUGCGCGAUGAAGAAACUGUCAUUCAAGGUUCGAAACAGAAGAAACUUUCACGACACGGUAUUCCGGUUCCAAACAUGCCUUCUGGUGUCGUUCGCAAGCUAGCCGCCCGAUUUGCACGUGCCCGAUCUGGGCCGAAAGCAAAGAUCAGCAAGACCACUCUAGCAGCACUUGAGCAGGCCUCCUCGUGGUAUUUCGAACAAGUGAGCGAGGACUUGGCAGCAUAUUCAAAACACGCUGGGCGCAAGACAAUUGAUGAAGCCGAUGUCACUGCCUUGAUGAGAAGGCAACGCCAUCUCAAUAAUACAACAACGGUAUUUUCCCUUGCGCAGAAGCACCUACCAAAGGAACUCUUGCAGGACAUGAGGCUCGCGAUGGCGCCAAGAUGAAUACUAUAAUACAGUGGAGAAUAUACCGCAAAACAAGCCGAACGCCAAAGCCAAAUGCACAGAGUUCACCGUCUCUUACCAGUUUUUAUUCUGGCGAACCCGGCGUGUGACCUCAUUGGGACGCUUUCGAACUAUCAUCCACAGCAUGAUGGACGUCGCGAGGGACAGUCCGUACCUAUAUCGAUUAGUCAGGAGUCGAAGUCUCGCAUGGGCCAGGUGGCUUGAAACAUACCAUGUAAAGAUGUACUGGCUGUGGUUAUUCUUUAGGUUCACUUCCGCUGCCCGGCCGAUCGGAAUGCCUUUUUCUUCCCGGGUCAUCGCCUCGAGGAAAUCUGGGACUGAAUGGAGACGAGUCAGCCACGUCAAAGAUGCACCUAGUAAUGGUCAUGACAGCUUAC